AUGGACGGACCUGGAUUACUUAUUACUCAAAUUCCUAAACUCAAGGAACACUUGACAAAGGCAUUGGCUGAUAACAAAGAGCAGAUUGUUAUUCAGCUUCUUACCACACUACGCACAUUCAAAGCAACAACAGAAACACUCAAGAGCACACGCAUUGGAGUAUUUGCAACGGAAUUAAGAAAGCAUCCAAAUGCAACUGAAAAAAUCAAGCAGCUCUCUCGGGAACUUGUAUACAAAUGGAAAACAGACAUUGGUCGAGUAUCCAUGUCAGAAUCGUCAGAAUCGGAAAAAAAACAGAUAGAUACUCCAAAAACAUCUACAUCUUCAAGUGUAUCUACUCCAACAUCAACCACUCAUACUGCACCAAGAACGCUGGCAUCAGAUAAUGUUACGUUGAGCUCUACUCGAGAUAAAAUCAGAGAUGGAUGUGCUGGAAUGUUGUACUCUUCGUUGGCUUCUGGUACAGAUGCAGUUGCAAGCGUAGUUGCCAAGAUUGCAUCCUCGAUUGAAAAACAUAUAUUUGCUGCCUGUGAAUGUACAGAUGCCAAGUACAAGAGCAGAAUUCGCACGCUGACAUCCAAUUUAAAACUAAAUGCUUCGUUAAGAUCACAGGUUCUGGGUGGGAAAAUCUCUACGGACCGAUUUGCCAUGAUGACUGCAGAGGAAAUGAUGUCCGAAGAGCGUGUUUUGGAGGUUGAAAAGGCAAAAAAGAAUAGCAUGGCAGAUGCAGUGUCUGCUGCUAACCAGGAGGCCGAGACAGACAUGUUUAGAUGCGGUCGCUGUAAACAGCGUAAAGCCACAUAUUAUCAAAUGCAGACUCGCUCUGCGGAUGAACCGAUGACUACAUUUGUAACCUGCUGUCACUGUGGAAACAAAUGGAAAUUCUGCUGAGCUCAGUCUUGUUUAGGAUCGUUUGUCUUGAUAUAGCAUUUAUACUCAUUAUAGUUUAUUCAUUUUGAAACCAAUCUAAACCAACUCGGAAAUAAAGGACACACUCAUUUUC